UCUUUCUCCUUAUCUCAAAAAUAACACUAAUUCCAUAAUCAACACUCCACGACUCAUUUAACGAUAACCAUUACUUACCACAGUCAUUCGAUUGAUACAUCAAGAAUACUCACGUCAACUGCUUGGUCUUAUUUACGAUUGAGCUCGGCUGGGCUACAGCACCCUGAGCCUAGCUUGCACAUAUCUAUACUCGACUGAGACCUCUUCAUUCUACUUCAUUCCAUCAUGGCGCCCGCUAUCAUCCGCUCAUUGCGCAGUGCGUCUUCACUCACACAGCACGCCCCUCGUACUGCCGAGGCCUUUUCCACACUCUCGGGACACUUAUUGGAGGGCAGUAAAGUGCUGCUAGCUCGAGAGAAUAAAGACGACGACAAGAACGAUAGACACAAACCAUCGGUCGAACCUGAAUCAGGCUCGUUCGACCCUCACGACAUCAGCAAUGCCGGUUUCUUCUUCCUUUUUGCCCUGAUCGGUGUGGUGUUCGUGUGUACCGGUAUCUGGUUCUUCUUCUGGGCAAAGAACGGUGGCUUCCAAUUCAAGGAAACAGAUUGGGAUGACUACAAAUCUACGGUUCUUCGACGCACCGGGCCUAACGGCACUAUUCUCUCCAACGCAACCCGACCAACAAACCUCGGUGGUGGUAGUGUAUACAAGGACGUGGACGAUGACAACACGACUGUAGUCACAGAGAGCACAACACUUACUGGUAUCACAGCUGGAGCAAGCGACAUUGGUGCACGUGAGAAGCGACGCCGCAAGCAGGAAAAGCGAGACCGUGAACGUGCGAAGAAGGGCAAGAAGACUAGCCGUCACGUUGGCGAAGCAGGUGUUGAAGACGAGGAAGCCGAACUUGCAGCCAAGAAGGAACUCCGCAGCUAUCGCCAUGAAAGACCUGCCCGCGUCGGCGGACUGAACAAGGAGAGUGAAGGCUCCGAGUGGGACGGCUCUACCAACCCCGGCACCGAAUCUAACGUCUCAACAAACCUUCUUUCUGACCGUCAGACCACUCCUACAACCACACCUACCAAGUCCAAGGGCGGCAUCCGCAAGGUCUACUCCACCGCUGAUCGUCGUGAGAACCGUGAGGCAGAGCGCAUGCGCGCCGAGGCCCGUCGUCUUCGUGAAGCUGGCCGAGCAGCCCGUCGUGAUUUCAGCUACCAACGUGCCGAGAGCUACACCCGCGCCGACAGCCAGGUCAGUGAGAGUCUUCUCGAUGGAUCGCAGGUGACUCGUACCACAGACGAUAGUGGCGAUCUGGGUACCAAGAGUUAUCACCACCCGAUGCCUGAGCUGAGGGAGCUUGAGAGGGAGAGGGCAAGGGAGGAGAGACGGGCACGAAGAGCGCAGAGGGAAUAUCGACGAGGACGAGGAGAGGAGUGUUAAGGUUGACGUGAUAUGGGUAUGACGAAAGUCUUGAAUGGGCUAUAAGGUAAAAUGCGAUUUUCUUACUUCGGGUUUGGGUUGGGUUCACUGCAUGCAUGUAGAUGUAUAACGUUAAUGUAAAUAGGCAUGGUAACGGUUUCUCACGGACAUGAAUUGAUAUGCUGAGAUUGUUAGAUUAUGAGAUAGGCAAUGCAUUGAAUAAACAUGAUGCUCUGGCUUGUAUGAAAAUGAAGUUAUGGUCGUGAAUGUGUAGAUAUAAUUAGGCGCAUCAUUAAUGUCAAGGUACUUGGGGCAUUAAACUAUGAAGGUUUCAGCCAUAAUAGUUACCAAGGUUAUGAUCUUCACUUUGCAACGACUUGUUUACUUUGACUAAAAAGGACGAAUAAUGAAACUAUCGUCCAAUGUCUCACAUGUCUCCCUAAACAUGCUACUACCUUCCAUAAGCAGGUCAUGUUUCAGAUCCUUUGGAUAUUAAUUAGAAUAAUGUCAGGAUUGCAGGAUUUGACAGUUCGUUGGCUGACGUGUAAUUCAUGGAAAUUAAUAGACGCAAGGCGUAUCGCGAAGGCUCAAAAUAGCACACGAGCUGAGAUGCUCUGUUGUUUUGACGGAUAAGGCGCUAAGAUCCAUGGAGGAUGUGAAACCUGGGGGCGUCUUAGCUGUGAGGGUACAGGCACCGGGCCGAAACAAAACUGCAUUUGCAUUGCUUGGUAUUAUGCGAUAUGUUGGAGACUGCAGAUUGCUGCUGUUGUGAAUGUGUGAGUGAGUGAUUAUUAGGUGAUUAGGUCUCUUACUGCUCACGUCACAGAUACAAUAUCGUAAAGUCAGUAACAAAACUCUCAACGUCGUCAUCAGCGUCGCAUUUCGAUUCGCUUCGCUUCUUUUGGUUCCUGUCCUGGUCUGACAAGGUUCCAGGUCCAGGUUCA